AUGCGUGUGUACCAUCCCCCAUGGAUCACAUCAGUCAACCUCCCUCCUUCUCUUCCCCCCAUCCUCUUCGCCUUCCACCGCAUUCCGCAAGCGUCACCCUGCCACCCAAUUCCUGCCACCCCUCUCCCCGCCACCCCACUCCCUGCGACCUCUCCAGGCGACUUCUACCCGCAUCGAUCCACCGCCGCCACUGGCGCGCCCGCUGCCGCCGGGGCAUCCGCCGAGCCCCGCCCCUGGUUGAGUGCGGCGUGCGCGUGGGCGGCGCCGUUCGCCCUGGGCGCCGUGGUGGGCGCCGUGGCGUGCUCGCUGCUGCUGCUGCCCCUCGCACUCGCGCCGCUGGACGCGCAGGGGGGAGACGAGGAGCUCCUACUGCAAUCACACGCGGACACGUGGCAGGAGGGGCAAGGGGCGUGGCAGGGGGGAGCGGCAGCAUCGUGGGAGCAGCCUGUGGUGCCCCACCCGCCUGCCACUGCUGCGAGCGGCGCACUGCCCUUGGCUCCCCUCGCUGCCCUUGACUCCGGCGGUGCAGCUGCCAGUGGUGGUGGUGCGGGUGAGAGCGAUGGUGACACGGAGGCAGCAGAGGUGUGGGCAGGAGAUGCUGCCAUGCGUCAUCUGCAAGGCAGGUGGGUGUCACGCAAGGCAGGUGGGUGUCACGCAAGGCAGGUGGGUGUCACGCACGCCUGCUACCCGCACGCACCUCUCGUCCCCUCGCCCACCUCCUGGCCCUGCACGCUCUUCCCCCCUUCUCUGCCAAUACCCUCAGCAGGCACUCAGCACGCACCAUGCACGCUGCACCCAGCAGUGCGCGCGCUGGUGGAGGCGAACGGGCAGGUGAUGCGGCAGCAGCGGCAGGCGGUGGCAGUGGCGGAGGAGGACGAGAGGGGCAUGCACGCCGUGCUCACUGCCGCCCUGCAGGAGCUGGAGAGGGAGCGUCUCAUGCCACAUGGCACCGUGUCAUUGGUGCAACCGGAAUCCCUGGCGGCGCUGGCAGAGGCAGUGAGGGCGAGGCAGGGGGAGGCAAGCAAGGCAGGCGCGGAGGGGCAGGCAGCAGGCGCCGCAGCAGGCGCAUUGCAGACAGCAGAGCAUGCGGUGGUUGGUGCAGUGGCAGCGGGGGGAGGGCAGACGGCGGACUUGCCAUCCCUUGUCAGCCAGGCACAGGCGGCUGGGCGCGUGGGGGGGCGCAUGGGGCAUGGUGCAGCAGGGGCGAGCGCAGGAGAGGGGCAGGGGAAGGUUGCAGCGGAUGGGGAGAUAUGGGCGGUGGGGGGGAAGGGAUGA